CGUGGUCUGGUCUAGUUCGCUGUUUUCCAUCCACAGGUCGGUCGUGUUGUACGCGUGGCUGCUGCCGGACCGUUUUGGUGAAACGAACCCGAUUUAAUUAGCGAUGGACCCCGCGUCGGUGACGGGCCCGAAUCUGGGCAUGGUGCACGCGGCGGGAAGCGCGAGCGCGUUCGCGGCGCUCAACCUGCUGCUGCUGGCCAGGUUGGUGCCCAAGAGCGCCAGCCACUCGUUCCGCCAGCAGUGGAAGUGGAGGAACACGGCCAACUCGCUCGUCCACUCGGUCCUCACGGGCCUUGGCGCCCUUUACUGUUUUUGGGAGACUCCCAUCAUGCGCGAGGACCUGAUCAACAAAUACUCGAGUUCGUCGCACCUUCUGAUCAGCGUUUCCGUAGGGUACUUCGUGUACGACUUUUGCGACCUGCUGAUCAACCACCGGAAAAGGAGCAGCUACGAACUGCUGCUGCACCACACGAUGGUGCUCAUGUGUUUCACGCUGGCCAUCGUGACCAAGCACUACCUCGGCUACGGGCUCGUCGCCCUGCUCGUCGAGGUCAACAGUGUUUUUCUGCACACGCGCCAGCUCAUGCUCAUCCAGGGCUUCAGCAAAAACCACCUCACCUACCGAAUCAACAGCAUGCUCAACAUCGGGACAUUUGUGGUGUUCAGAAUAGCCACACUUGGGUGGAUGACGCGCUGGCUAGCGGUGCACAAGGACGAGCUCACCACCACCGCUUUCACGAUCGGAAGCGUCGCCAUGUCGGUGGUGAUGCUGAUGAACAUCGUGUUGUUCCUGCGGGUGUUGGUGGCCGAUUUGCGGGCGAGCCAAAAGUCUCAGGACGAGACGAGCAAGAAGCCCAACUGACGCCGCAGUUGAAAAUUCCACAAUCACCUAUAGCCAUUUCGCCAGAAAAAGUGCAGCGCACGACCAGCGACAAUAUAAUGUACAUAAAUCAUGGAGAGACGCGCUUCUUGGCUUUGCUUCGAGCACAUAUUAUGCGUGUUUUCACUGAAGUGUUCGGACUAGGGCGUCACCUAUUUACACAGCAUCAAAGUGAUGGCAGUACUUGUUUACCAACCAAACAACUUAGUCGUAUUUAUUCAGUAUUUCAAGUCUCAGGAGUUUGAAAUGCCUUAGUUUGAUUCAUCCCACAGAAUAUGUAUUUUUUGUUACCGUUUUUAGUUAUUUUUACAAGCGUGGUGCCAAUGUAUGCCUUUUUCAUCAUGACUGAGAGCUUAAAUUUUACACGUUGUACACAAUUCCGCAGCUGAAAAUUGAUUCUCAAUUUGAAUUAAACCGUUAAUAUUAUUAAUUGUA